GGCUCAAGGAAUUUAACACUUUUUCCUGGCACUGGAUUGAUGCAUGAUGUGAGAGGCAAGAUGAGGGUCUUGCAAGCAAGCGAGCAAAACAGAGAAGCUUGGAGCUAGGACUUGGAGGUCCUCUUUCUGGCUUUGGGAAGGAAGUGGGUUCAGGCGGGUUGACUGGAGGAAGCGACUGGACCCUUGUGUUCUGUCUGGAAGCUGGAGAGGCAAGAAGCAGCCAGUAUGGAGCCGCAGUACUUGGUGAUGGCACUGCUGCUGAGCCAUGCAAGGCCAGUGCUGCUGGGUCCUGAACCACUCACGGGGCCAAGAUGCACCUAUACCUUCAUCCUGCCGCAACAGAAGUUCACGGGCGCUGUGUGCUGGAGCAGCGUGCGACCUCCCCCAGAGCCUCCGGGCCUCAAUCGCAGCGAGGUGGAGGAGCUCCGCCACCAGCUGGGGCAGCAACAGGCCCAAAUGGACGAGCUACGUCGACUGGUGGAGGUCGACGGGGCAGUGGUGAGCGAGGUCAAGGCACUGCGCAAGGAAAGCCGCAACGUCAACGCCCGCGUCACCCAGCUCUAUACUCAGCUGCUUCACGAGAUCCUCCAGCGACGAGAGUGGCCAGUACAGACCUCCCAGCUUGAAGGGCGCGUGGCCAACGCCUCUGCCGAGGCCUUGCGUGUGGCUGCCAGUUAUCGCCAACUGGAGGGCAAGUACCUCGCCCUGGCUGCCCUGGUCAACAACCAGAGUGCCCUCAUCAGCCGGCUAGAGAGGGAGUGCCAGCAAGGAACAAAUGGCAAGAUGCGCCCACAGCCGCCUCUGGUGCCGGUAGUACCUCACAACCCGGCAAGUAUCGCCAACGAGAGCAGGGCCCAUUUCGAUGCCAUCAAUGACAUCCAGCGAGACCAGACUGCCCCUGCCCAGGACUGGCCACACAAGGCUUCCGAUCCACCGGAAGGCACGAUUCAGCCCCCUGCUGUUGUGCCCACCAAAUCCACAGGGCCUUGGCAUGACUGUAAAGCAGCUCAACAGGAUGGGCAGACCAGUGGCAUCACCAUGCUGCAACCCACCGGGGCUCGGGGCAUCUUCCAGGCCUGGUGUGAUCAGGAGUAUGACGGGGGCGGUUGGACCGUCAUCCAGCGGCGGCAGGAUGGCUCGGUCAACUUCUUUGUCACGUGGCAGCACUACAAGAAUGGCUUUGGGAACCUGGAAGGUGAGCACUGGCUGGGCCUAGAGUCCGUCCACUGGCUGACCCGCCAGGGCUCGUACUCGCUGCGAGUGUGGAUGGAAGACUGGAGCGGGCGGCAGGCUCAUGCGGAAUAUGACACCUUUGCCCUGGAGCCUGAGAGCGAUUCCUACCGGUUGCGGCUGGGGCGCUAUCAAGGCAGUGCUGGUGACUCACUCUCCUGGCACAACGGCCGACAGUUCAGCACACUCGACCGGGAUCACGAUGCUUACUCAGGGAAUUGUGCCCACUACCAGAAAGGCGGUUGGUGGUAUAAUAUGUGUGCUCACUCUAAUCUCAACGGCGUCUGGUACAAGGGAGGACACUAUCGGAACCGCUACCAGGAUGGCGUCUACUGGGCAGAGUUUCGUGGUGGUGCCUACUCGCUCCGUAAGGUGGCAGUGAUGAUCCGGCCCACAAAGAGCACCUAAUUUCCACUCUUGGGGGUAAGAAAGGACAUACAUCAAGGGAGAGUCCAGACAUAUUUAAAAACUGGAGUCACUGAGCUGUGGAAACACACUUAACAUGUUUUUGUCAGAUGUGUUGCCUUCUCUCAAGGACUGACCUCAGGGGAAACUCCUUCUGCCAGUAAUCAGCAGAAACUGCACUGUGCUGAAUGGCUGGGGGGCCUGUGACAUCACAAACAUACUUACCCCCUUCCACCGUUCCUAGAGCAGUUUUUUAGCUUUAAAAAUUGAUUGUUUUUUAUUAAAAAUGUAUUUAAGUACAAGCAGCACCUUAAACAAUUACAAACAGGUAUAUAGCAUGGGGAAGGAGUAAAACUAAACAGGACAGUGUGUCGUUUGCAGUGUGAAAGCUGGGCAGGGAAGAAGUGGAUUCUCAAUCACAUUGGCUUGUGUUUUAAGUUACAUGUUCACCCUUCACAAUGUAGGCCCAGUUUAGAUGCAACAAACCAUGGUUUGUUGUGACGUGCAUGAUCCGGCACAAGCCUUGGGCAUGUAUGCUCCCCAUCCCAUUCACACAUGAAGGAAAGAAAUGUAAUACUUACGUUCCUCAUGAGGAACAAAUCAUGGUUUGUCCAAAUUUUGCAAACCAUGGUUUGUUCAAACCAUGGUUUAACAAACCGGGAUGGUCAUGGUUUGCUGUUAUAUCUGAACCAGGCCAUGUUCACACAUACAUAUUAUGUAUGUGGAUACUCCUGAUGAGAUUGAGACAGAGACACCCUCUGGACGGAGACACUUUGCAGCAGCUAACCAGACCGCAGUGAUUCAAGGAUCUUCACUUUAAGGAUACCAGAAAAUGCAUCGUUAAGCACUGUUCUGGCACUGUAAGGAGGGGAAUUCACUUCUUGAGCAGAACUGUGCUCCAGUUCACAGAGCACUGAGAGCAGCCUGUGACAAAUUAUUACUAGUGCUGAAAUCAUACAGGUGAAAGAUUUGGAACCUGUUCCAUGUAUACUCUACAGACACACAGUUCCUGAAAAGGAAUUCUAGUCUGAACUGGCGUAAGGAAAGGACCUCCCCUGCCCCACUUUUCGCAGAAUGAAAUCCAAGGCACAGCAGAGCAAAGCAGGUCUUUCUUUCGACGUUGGUCUUGGAAACAACUCCUAUAACCAAGCAACCAAAUGGAGGCUGUUUGGUGUGUGAUCUGCCAUAGUCACCUGUUGCCUUCUUUGUAAAUACAUUGCACCACCAAACACAUGUUUAAGGUUGACUUUUGAGAGGGUGCUCAUGUUAACAGGUAUAUACUCUGCUAGACCUCUGUAGUGGCUGAGGAGAUUCACGUUCUGUAUCUUCUCCUUUCCAAAUAGAAAUUCUGCUCCAAAGAAAAUAAAACCCUGAACCCCAAAUAUACAAAUCCCAUAAAUGAAGACAAUUGUAUUUAUUUUGCAUGAGCCUGUUUUGUUUGCUUGUUGUUCAUGUUGUAUGUUUUUUUCAAUCACCAAGCAA